GACUGGUUUCUGAUACUGCAACCACCAUUAGCAACUUUCUCUGUCUUCAUGAAAACACACACACACACACACUCUACUGGGUUUGGGUUUGGGUGAGUGACUGGUGACAUUAAAAACACAGACACACACUUCGCAUUUCAAUAUUCACUCUCUCACUUCACGCCAAAUGCCUGCUUCUGCUACUCUUCUGCAUUUGCUCUUCUCUCUCACAUAACACACAUUCUUAUUACUCUAGCAAGCUAGCUAGCUCAUCUUCUUCUCCGGUCAUAUUUGUUUUGAAUUUCGCUGUGCUGAAGAUGAAAUUCCGGUCGCGCGCAGUACUCUGGUCUAUAUUGCUUCUUUUUCCGAUCGUUUCAUCUCUGAACGAAGAAGGCAAAGCUCUGAUGUCGAUCAAGGAAUCGUUUAGCAACGUAGCAAACGUGUUGCUAGAUUGGGAUGAUGUUCAUAAUGAGGAUUUUUGCUCGUGGCGAGGCGUGUUGUGUGGCAAUUUCUCCAUGUCAGUUGUUGCGCUGAAUCUGUCAAAUCUGAACUUAGGCGGGGAAAUUUCACCAGCCAUUGGAGAUUUGAAAAAUCUGCAAUCUAUAGACCUCCAGGGAAAUAAAUUAACUGGUCAAAUCCCUGAUGAGAUUGGCAGCUGCAUUUCUCUCAUCUUUCUUGAUUUGUCUGAUAACUUGCUCUUUGGAGAUAUACCUUUCUCAAUUUCUAAGCUAAAACAGCUAGAGUUAUUGACCUUGAAAAACAACCAGUUGACUGGUCCAAUCCCAUCCACGCUAACCCAAAUCCCUAACCUAAAGACACUUGAUCUAGCUCGAAACCAGCUCAUUGGUGAGAUACCAAGGUUGAUCUAUUGGAAUGAAGUUCUGCAAUAUCUUGGAUUAAGAGGCAACUUGUUGACAGGAACACUGUCCCCUGAUAUGUGCCAGUUGACCGGCUUGUGGUAUUUUGAUGUGCGGGGCAAUAACCUCAGCGGAACAAUUCCAGAUAAUAUUGGAAAUUGUACAAGCUUUGAGAUACUGGAUAUCUCUUACAAUCAAAUUACUGGAGAGAUUCCCUACAAUAUUGGGUUUUUACAAGUGGCCACCUUGUCUUUGCAAGGAAAUAGGCUGACUGGUAAGAUUCCGGAAGUGAUUGGUCUAAUGCAAGCCCUUGCUGUUUUGGACUUGAGUGAAAAUGAGUUAGUAGGACCGAUUCCUCCAAUCUUUGGCAAUUUAUCCUACACUGGGAAGCUCUACCUGCAUGGGAACAAACUUACAGGGCCGAUACCAGCAGAGCUGGGAAAUAUGUCUAAACUUAGUUACUUGCAAUUAAAUGACAAUCAGCUAGUUGGUCAAAUUCCUCCCGAACUUGGCAAACUGGAUCAGUUAUUUGAAUUGAAUCUUGCAAAUAACAAGUUGGAGGGACCAAUUCCUGAAAAUAUCAGCUCUUGCACAGCAUUGAAUCAAUUUAAUGUUCAUGGUAACAAUUUAAACGGGUCCAUUCCUUCCGGGUUCAAGAAUCUAGAGAGCCUGACAUACCUAAAUCUCUCAUUAAAUAAAUUUAAAGGUCGCAUACCUUCUGCGCUUGGGCGAAUCAUCAACCUUGAUACAUUGGAUCUGUCUAACAAUGAGUUCUCUGGGUCUGUCCCGGGUUCUAUUGGAGAUUUGGAGCAUCUUCUAACAUUGAAUCUUAGCAGCAAUCAUCUUAACGGACAGAUUCCUGUAGAAUUUGGCAAUCUGAAAAGUAUACAGACCCUUGAUUUGUCAUGCAACAAGAUAUCUGGUGGCAUCCCAAAAGAACUAGGGCAGUUGCAGACCUUGAUCACUCUUACAUUGACUGCUAACGAUCUUAGUGGAGUAAUCCCGGACCAAUUGACCAAUUGUUUCAGCCUAACUAGUCUGAAUAUUUCCUACAACAAUUUCAGUGGUGUUGUUCCUCUGUCACGAAAUUUCUCGCGGUUCACGCCUGACAGCUUUGUGGGGAACCCAUUACUUUGUGGCGACUGGAGAGGUUCAAUAUGUGACCCCUAUGCACCAAAGUCCAAAGCUUUGUUCUCCAGAACAGCUGUUGUUUGUACAGCAUUGGGUUUAAUAGCUCUUUUAUCAAUGGUUAUAGUUGCUGUGUACAAGUCCAAUCAACCACAUCAGUUUCUGAAGGGAUCUAAAAGUAAUCAAGGUUCUCCCAAACUUGUGGUUCUCCACAUGGAUAUGGCAAUCCAUACAUAUGAUGACAUUAUGCGGAUUACAGAGAACUUGAGUGAGAAAUUCAUAAUAGGAUAUGGUGCUUCCAGCACUGUAUAUAAAUGUGUGUUGAAAAAUUCCCGACCAAUUGCUGUCAAGCGACUGUACACUCAUCCGCACAGCUUGCGUGAGUUUGAGACUGAACUGGAGACAAUUGGAAGCAUCAGGCACAGAAACCUUGUUAGCUUGCAUGGUUACUCACUUUCUCCUCAUGGUAAUCUCCUUUUUUAUGACUACAUGGAGAAUGGUUCACUCUGGGAUCUUCUGCAUGGGCCAUCCAAAAAGGUGAAGCUUGAUUGGGAAACGCGUUUGAAAAUUGCUGUUGGAGCUGCUCAAGGUCUUGCUUAUCUUCACCAUGAUUGCAACCAAAGAAUCAUCCACAGAGAUGUGAAAUCUUCAAACAUUCUACUGGAUGAAAAUUUCGAGGCUCAUCUCUCUGAUUUUGGGAUUGCAAAAUGCAUCCCUACUGCAAAAACUCAUGCAUCAACUUUUGUCUUGGGCACCAUAGGCUACAUUGACCCUGAGUAUGCCAGAACAUCCAGGUUAACUGAAAAGUCAGAUGUCUACAGCUUUGGCAUUGUUCUCCUAGAGCUUUUGACAGGAAAAAAACCUGUUCAUAAUGACUUAAACUUACAUCAGCUGAUAUUGUCAAAGGCGGAUAAUAACACCGUGAUGGAGGCUGUAGAUCCUGAAGUAUCUGUUACAUGCAUGGAUUUAACGCAUGUGAGGAAGACUUUUCAGCUUGCGUUGCUGUGCACAAAGAGAUUCCCGUGUGAGAGGCCAACGAUGCAUGAGGUUGCUAGGGUACUUGUUUCCUUGCUUCCUCCCCCACCAACCAAACCUUGUUUAGACCCUCCCAAAUCCAUUGAUUAUACAAAGUUUGUGCUUGGGAAAGGGCUACCGCAAGCCCAGCAGAAUGACAAUUCCUCCGAUGCACAGUGGCUCGUUAGAUUUCGAGAAGCUAUAUCCAAAAACACCUUUUGACAUGGGUUGACUGAUAUAACUUAAUAUCCACCAAAGAUCAUGAAUCUUGAAAAGAUGCUGCCAAAGUUCUUUUGCUGCUAGAGAUUUCACAUAUUAGAUGUUUAGGCACACGGUAUGGUUAAGGUUAUUUCACAUUUAUAGAUUUAAUGUUUUAUGGUGGGCGAGAUACAGAAUAGGUCAGAUCUAUACCCAGUAAAGUUGUUAAUUCUGUACAAUCUAUGUUGAGAUCUAUUUCCAUCUAGGACUUGUGUUUUUGUCCAUGUAAAGGAGUGCAAAGAGUGCUAUUUAAUCACAUUAAAUUUAGCAGUCUA